CAUUAUCGAGUGUGUGCUUGUAUUUUGUAAUUUAAAUAAUACUUCCGUAAAACAUUAAGGAAAAUGGAUCUAAAAUUAAUGGACAAAUUGCGAUUAUUAAAAGUCGACACCGAGUUACGUUCGCAAAUAAAGAUGAAACCGAUGAGUAGGUAUUAUUUUAUCACUAGUACGAAUCCUGGGGAACAAUUUUAUGUUUUCGCAUCCACUGCUGCGUGGCUGAUCAGAAAAACUGGCAAAGAAUUUGAACAACCGAACGAAGAAGAUGACCCAAACAGUAUAAUUGCUACUAUCCUCGACAUCUUGAGAGAAAAGGACAUUGCUGUCGAUUUCUCCUCUCACAAACUUAAACAAGGGUAUGGUGAACAAGUUUGCUACAUAUUGAAUGUCCUUGCUGACGAAGCUUUAAAGUUUGAAGAAUUCGAAUGGCAGAAACCAAUCGUGGAUAUACCAGAGCCUGAGGAAGCUGGUGAUGAUGUAGACCAAGUUGAAGACGAAACAGAAAUAUUACUAGACAAAGUUGAAGAAGAAAUGGCAAUUUAUUCUGGAGAAUCUGAAGAAGAAUUUAAUACAGAAGAAAAGGAUUCGAGUUUGGUCAAAAAAGUUCAUGACUGGGAAGCGUGGAAACUAGAACUGGAAAGGGUAGCACCAGCGCUUAGACUUAAAAUUUCAGCAGAUGGUCGCGAUUGGAGGGCGAGACAUUCUCAAAUGAGAACGUAUAGAGACGAAUUAUUCGAAAGAUACAAAACUACUGGUUCACAACUGAAUAAACUGCAUACAAAUAUAAGUUCUGUCAUGGACAAGAUAUCUGCUAGAGAAAACAUACUGAACGAACAAUUUGAGCCUUUAGUUAGAGAAUAUGGUGCGCUCUUGGAUGAGCUGAACAAAGUUACGAAUGAAUACAAAGAUGUCAGUGUGGGAGUGACAGAGAGGCAAGAGAUGUUGAACGAUCUGACUUCUAAAGUAGAGAAUAUAAAACAAAGAACAGAGUCCAAGGGAUCCUCAAUGAACGACAAUUCUCCUUUAGUAACUGCGAAAAAGGCGGUUGCAAAUUUGAAAAAGGACAUACAAGAUAUGGAUUUCCAGAUAAUUAUCUUAAUUUGGUUGCUGACUACAAAAGAAAAUCCAAACAGUAAUAAUUUGUUUACGAAUGCGGAAUCAAAGAUGGUGGGGAUUGAAAGUUAUUGAAGGAAUUGUUCGAUGUUUUGUACAAGACAAUCAAUUUUCACCAACUUUGUUAGUUGACACUUCAUUAUGAAUGUAUUGUGUGCAAUAAGAGUCCAGAAUAUUGUUUUAUUUUUGCUGAUUAAGGGCUCGUAUAUAAAACUGCGAUGCGCCAUCACAUCGUAAAAUUGCGCGAGCUCCCUCUACGCAUCGCAAGAACUUGCGAACUGAUUCGCAUCGCGCAUUAAAAUAACUUUUAUUUAUUCUAUAUUUGGGAAGAUAACUUCCCAAAAUCUUAUUUGUUUCUUUUUUCUGAAUCUAAGCAAUAACAGAAGUG